GUUCCAAGUAGAAGAGGGUUUUGAGUUUCAAGAUUGGUUCUCUUACGGCAAAGAUGCCAUCGAUGGCGGAAUCCCAAGUACCCAACGGCAGCAUCUCUUUUAAGAACAACAGAAACAACAACAACAAACCCAGUUUCUUUUCCAGGAAAGAAAAGAUUUUGGAGCACCGGAAAUCGCUUCCUAUUGCUUCGGUUGAGAGAAGACUUGUUGAAGAGGUUAAAAAACAAGAUGUCUUGAUCAUUGUUGGUGAAACUGGAAGUGGGAAAACAACUCAGAUACCUCAGUUUUUGUUCGAUUCUGGAUUCUGCCGUGAUGGGAAAGCUAUUGGGAUAACACAGCCGAGGCGUGUUGCUGCUGUAACCGUUGCGAAAAGGGUAGCUGAAGAAUGCGGUGUUGAGUUGGGACAGAAAGUCGGAUAUUCGAUUAGGUUUGAGGAUGUAACUUCUAGCUCAACAAGGAUAAAGUAUAUGACUGAUGGAUUACUUCUUAGGGAAGCAUUAUUGGAUCCGUAUCUCUCUAGGUAUUCUGUGGUAAUUGUUGAUGAAGCUCAUGAGAGAACUGUCCACACUGAUGUAUUGUUGGGUUUGCUUAAAGAGGUACAAAAUGUGAGGUCCAAAUAUAUAAAAGACCACACUAGUGUUGGUCAUAAGAGAGCAAGCAAUGGCACAAUCGUGGAGAAAGAAAACACCAAUCCCUGCAUCGGUGUUUUAAAGCAAUGCCAGGGGAGAAAAUUGUCACCCUUGAAAUUAAUCAUCAUGUCUGCCAGCUUGGAUGCACGUAUUUUCUCUGAAUACUUUGGUGGUGCGAAAGCUGUUCGUGUUCUAGGACGACAGUUUCCGGUGGAUGUAUUCUAUACUGUUGAACCCCAGACUGAUUAUUUGGAUUCCACUAUUGUCACCAUAUUCCAGAUUCAUUCAGCGGAGGUUUCUGGUGACAUUCUUGUAUUUUUGACUGGGCAAGAAGAGAUUGAGUCUGUUGAAAAACAAAUCCACGAGAAUUUACAACUAUUACCUGAAGAGAAGCGGAAUAUGAAAACGUUUACUAUAUUCUCAUCCCUUCCUUCAGAACAGCAAAUGCGAGUUUUUGCACCUGCUCCUGCAGGGUUCCGAAAGGUCAUACUAGCAACUAAUAUUGCUGAGACAUCAGUUACAAUACCUGGAAUUAAGUAUGUCAUAGAUCCUGGAGUUGUAAAAGCACGUUCUUAUGAUCCGGUCAAAGGGAUGGAAUCGUUGAUUAUUGUUCCCACCUCAAAAGCACAAGCAACCCAGAGAAGUGGACGUGCUGGGCGUGAAGGACCUGGGAAGUGUUUCCGUCUCUACCCAGAGAGAGAGUAUGAAAAGCUUGAGGAUUCAACCAAGCCUGAAAUUAAGCGGUGCAACCUCUCAAAUGUCAUUUUGCAGCUCAAGGCCCUGGGUGUCGACGAUAUAUUUGGGUUUGAUUUCAUAGAGAAACCCUCAAGGGCAUCUAUUAAAAAAUCAUUGGAGGAGCUGAUUUUGCUAGGUGCUUUAAGUGAUGAACUCAAACUAUCGGAUCCUGUUGGUCGUCAAAUGGCUCGGCUCCCUUUAGAUCCUGUUUAUUCUAAAGCUCUCAUCCUAGCUAGCCAGUUCAAGUGCCUAGAUGAAAUGUUAAUUGCUGUUGCAAUGCUUUCUGUAGAAUCUAUCUUUUAUGAGCCACGGGAAAAGUUGGAUGAGGCAAGAACUGCGAAGAAAUGUUUUGCUAGUUCUGAGGGAGACCAUCUCACCUUGAUUAAUGUCUAUCGAACAUCUAUUGAGUUAUUGGAGAAGAGAAAGUCCGAGGUUGGCAAAGAAAAGCCUGAAAAAAUUCUUAGAAAGUGGUGCAAGGAAAACUUCAUCAAUAGCCGUUCUUUGCGACAUGCCCGUGACAUCCACAGUCAAAUCCGCCAACAUGUUGAACAAAUGGGCCUUUUCAUUUCGUCUUGUGGAGAUGACACACUUCAGUUCCGCAGAUGCCUUGCCGCUGCCUUUUUCCUCAAUGCGGCUUUGAAGCAGCCUGAUGGAACAUACAGGGCUUUGGCUAGUCGUGAGGUGGUGCAGAUCCACCCAUCGUCUGUGUUAUUCCGAACGAAAGCUGACUGCAUUAUUUUCAACGAGUUUGUCAAAACUACGAACAAGUACAUCCGCAAUAUAACAAUAAUUGAUGGAUUUUGGUUGACAGAAUUAGCUCCCCACUAUUAUGCCAAGCAGGACUAGUAUGAGUACUUUCAGCAAAAUGCUUGUGGAUCCGCAUUCGAAGUAGAUAUCUAUUGUUUGCUUUUGCGAUGGCCGAUGAGUGACCAUAACGAAACCAUUUUGACGGUGGAAUUCGGAAAGCAUAAGCUCGGUAUUUAUAGAAAUCUUGUCUCCCUUCCAAGGACUUCAAAUCUGGAAGUUGAUGAAGGAGACCCUUUGAACUGGAAGGGAAGAGCUUUCGCCUACCUACACACUCGAGACGCAGUUAUUAAUCUUUUUAUGUAACGUUAAUCCGAGUUCCGCAUUCCGAUACCUCAGUUGAAGCAAUGAGAGUUGUUAGAUUUUUUAGAUGCAGAUCCAUGAACAUGCUGGUAAAGCUUUCUUCAGGUCUUAACAGGGCUAACUUUUUGCGAGUUUUGAUUGUUUGUAACGAUGUCUCUCUCUGUUUAGCUAGUUUCCGCCAUUGUUGUUGCUUGAAGAAUAGCUUGUAAAGGCUUU